AAAGGGUGUAAAAUACAUCCAAGGCAUGCUCACCUGUUGCAGUUGCAUUUUACAAUGGGGGAUUUGAAGCACAGUAAUAGUAUAGACGACAGAGUUCUAUCGGCCGUUCCCCUUAGACAGGGGGACAUUAAAGUUGUAUUUCACAAAGUUGGCGAUGACGACGACGAUGAACACACUACUGAGAGGAUUAAUUUACAAAGUAACAGUCAUGAUGAGCGGGGUAAUGAAGAGGCAAGGACUAGAACAGUGGAAAGCAGUGCGAAGCAAAGAUUAUGUCCUCCCUUGUGUUGUAGAAUUGGCGGCGGCGGGGAUCCCAUCUCAACGCACCCAGGAGACACAGUUGUCAAAGAGAAUAAACAUUGUCCAGGACUGGGCCUGUUUUAUGGCCUGCUGGCAACAGUAUUCUUCUCCAUUAUAGCUCUUCUGGUGAAGACAAUAGAUGGAGUCCAUGCUGUAGAAAUCAGUGCCAUUCGUUGCUUCUUCCAGAUGCUGUUUCUGAUGCCUAUGCUUAUCUAUUACAAGACUGGCUUCCUUGGACCAAGAGACAAGUGGAUCUAUUUGGUGAUGAGAGGGUUCUUGGGUUCCAACGCCAUGAUCCUAUUGUUCUAUGCAGUACAGCAGAUGCCCCUGGCUGAUGCAACAGUCAUCAUGUUCAGCAACCCAGUGUUCACCGCCUUGUUAGCCUGGAUCUUCCUCAAAGAGAAAUGCACAAUCUGGGACUGUGUCUUCACUGUCUUCACACUGGCUGGUGUCAUAAUAAUAGCCAGGCCUCCCUUCAUAUUUGGUGCUCGUAGAGAGGGAAUAGAGGGAGACUACACCAAUCAUCUCAAGGGGACUAUUGCAGCCUUCGGUGGAGCGUUAGGAGCAGCCUGCACUUUAGUUAUACUCAGGAAAAUGGGCAAAAGCGUCCACUACUAUCUGUCUGCGUGGUACUAUGCGGUCAUUGGUUUCAUUGAGUGUGUCAUCACUUUGUUUAUACUUGGUGAAUGGACCAUUCCAUUCUGUGGGAGAGACAGGUGGAUCCUUAUGCUGAUAGCAAUCCUGGGUAUUGCUGGCCAAGCGUUCCUCACCAAAGCACUUCAGAUUGAGAAGGCCGGCCCUGUGGCCUUGAUGAGGACCGUUGACGUGGUCCUGGCCUUUAUUUUCCAGUUCUUUUUUUUCAACCGUAAGCCCACCAUGUGGAGUCUCGGUGGGGCAUGUUGUGUGGUCGUCAGUACCUGUGGUGUGGCUCUAAGGAAGUGGUACAGCAACACACACCCAAGAAAGAGCCGCGAACCACGCAUCAGACAAAUAUUUGAUUCCAGGAAUAAAUGAAAGGUUAUCAAUUAAUAUGAUGUUAAUGUUCAGCAGUCAAGAGUGUUAUGUAAACCAAAGAAGCAAUAUUACAUCCAAAUGUUACUGUGAGGUUUUUAGCACAAAACUGGAAAUGUUUUAGUAUUUACAUCAACACACGUAGAAAAGAGGGUUCUUUGGUAAGGGUGAUGGUUCUAUGUGGAACCAUAAGGACUCAAAAUAACCAUUUGAGCUCUUCAAUGGUUCUUUGCCGUUCAGAAAACGGUGCUUUAAUCUUUUAGUGAUAAUUCAAAUGUAGGGGAGGUGGCUCAUUCUAAUAUUUUGGGGCGUGGUUUUCUCACAGCUCUUUUUGUGCAGCCGAGAGUGAGUGUCAUUCCAGUUGACAUAAUCUGUUGUAUUAUGUCAUUGCAUGUUAAAUAUGACUGGCCAGUAAUAGUGUCUUGUGAGAGACUUAUGUAAGGCCUCGUGUCAACGGUUGACUAAAUCUCAAUUAUCUCCUCAGGGACCACCCAGCCGGUCCAGAGCUAGCACAUCUGAUUCAACUUGUAAAUUAACACAAUAUUAACACCCAUGUAAUUUUAAAGAUAAUAUAAUAUAGCUAACCCUCUUUAUAGCACCAUAAAGGUUCCAUUUAGAACCUCAUGAACAUGGUUCUUUAUAGAACCUUCAAAAAGGGUUCCACUAUGGUUACAAGACAAAUUACCCUUAUUUGGCAGUGGCACUAUAUACGGUGCCUUCAGAAAGUAUUCAUACCCCUUGACUUAUUCCACAAUUUGUUGUGUUACAGCCAGAAUUCAAAAUCGAAACCCCAUAAUGACCAAAUGAAAACAUGUUUUUAGAAAUAUAAGCAAAUUGAUUGAAAAUCAAAUACAGAAAUAAUUCAUUUAACAUAAGUAUUUACACUCCUUUGCUAUAACACUCCAAAUUGAGCUCAGGUGCAUCCAAUUUCCUUUGAUCAUCCUUUAGAUGUCACUACAACUUGCAUGUCUGAGCAGAAACUAUACCAUGAAGUCAAAGGAACUGUCCAUAGAUCUCUGAGAUAGAAUUGUGUUGAAAAAUAUGGAACUACCCAGACUCUGCCUAGAGCUGUCCGUCUGACAAAACUGAGCAAACAGGUAAGAAGGACCUUGGUAAGGCAGGUGACCAAGAACCCAAUGACCACUCUGAUAGAGCUACAGUUCCUUGGCUGAGAUGGGAGAACCUGCCAGAAGGACAACCGUGUCUACAGCACUUCACAAAUCUGGGCUUUAUGGUAGUGUGGCCAGACUGAAGCCACUCCUGAGAAAAAGGCACGACAGCACACCUGGAGUUUGCCAAAAAGGCAAGUGAAAUACAAAAAUAUUCUGUGGUCUGAUGAGACAAAAAUGUGACUCUGGCCUAAAUGCAAAGCGCUAAGUCUGGAAAAAACGGCAAUAACUCAUCACACAUUGAACACCAUCCCUACCGUGGAGCAUGGCGGUAGCAGCAUACUAUGGGGAUGCUUUUCAGCGGCUGUGACUGGGAGACUGGUAAGGAUAGAGGGAACAAUGAAUGGAGCCAAAUACAGGCAACUUCUUGAUGAGAACCUGCUUCAGAGUGCAAACAACAGACUGGGGCAAAAAUGUACAUUCCAACAGGACAAAUUACCCCAAGCAUACAGCAAAAGCAAUGCUGAAAUGGCUUCAGAACAAGAAUCUGAAAGUCCUUGAGGCCCCCAGCUAAAGCCCAGACUUGAAUCCCAUUGAAAAUGUGUGGAAAGACUUGAAGAUUGCUGUUCACCGCCACUCUCCAUCUAACAGAGCUUGAGAAAAUCUGCAAGGAAGAAUGGGAGAACAUCCCCAAAUAUAGAUGAGUAUGUCUGUAUCAGCUUUGCACAAGACGACUCAAGGCUGUAAUCAUCACCAAAGGUGCUUCUACAAAGUAUUGACUCCAGCGUGUGAAUACUUAUGUGAAUUAGAUAUGUCUGUAUUUCACUUUCAAUACAUUUGCAAAAGUUCUAAAAACAUGUUUUCACUUUGUCAUUGUGGGGUAUUGUGUGUAGAUGGGUGAGAAAAAAUAUAAAUGUAAUCCAUUUUGAAUUCAGACUCUAACACAACAAAAUGUGGAAUAAGUCAAUGAGUAUCAAUACUUUCUGACGGCACUGUAGAAGCAUUUUUGCGCGUGUACUGAGGUUAAUCAGCUAAGCUUAUAUUAGCAUAUAUUUCUAUUUAAAAUGGGCUGAUGUCCUUUAUUUUAAUACAACUGCUGGUCAGAAUAGUUUUUUUGUGGAAAUGUUAAGUGUGACAUUAUUUUUUACAAAAUGCAAAGAUUUUUAAAAGAUUUGCUUUGUGUGUCACAGCUAGCAAUAAUAUUUUGUUGACCCAACGAGUAAGCAGCAUAGACAGAUGACUUUAUGCAUCUCACAUUUAUGCUGCCUACAGUAGUUAAAUAGUAUAAUAUGAUGGAAACUUGACAUUUACAGUACAAAUAGCUUUAUGACAGUAUACCACAGAAAACAACUUGUUGUUCCUUCCUUUUGAAAUGUGUACUACUAAUUUAGAACUAUUCACUUGACUUUGCACAUUUCUGUUACAUACCGUGUCAGUUGUGAUGCUUUGUAUACGUGUUAUACUCCUAGUUAUGCCAGCGUGACUGCUGUUUUAUAGUAUGUAUUUAUCAAUAGAAAUCAAAUACAUAUCUUUAUCAAAAGCACUUUCUCAGACUGAUUGAAUGUAUGACAUAUUUAUCAAAUAUGUGGCAAAAAUGCUUCUUAACAUUAACUGUGUUCAAUCAUUUUCUUGUAGGUCUACAUCAAUUGGUUAUAAACAACAGUAUGAACAAUUUAAAUGAACCAUUUAAUUGUUCAAUGUAAUUCUGAGCCUACUGUGCCUUGCUCUUUCAUAUAUUGUUUAUACAACUUGAAAUAAAUUAACUGUUUAUGGGACCAUAAUUCACAACGUGUUUGUCCUCAAUUAAGGUGGACACAGAGACAUAUAGGAUAUCUAAACCUUUGUGUGGUUCAUGUUCAAUUUGAUUUGAUUGAUACGGAUUUGAUUGACACUGAAAAGUUGGAUGCAUUUGCACAAAGGAGAGAGCAUAACAGAUUCGUUUUUUAAAACUUAUUCUUUGACAGUUGAACAGAAUGUUACCACCUUCAUGCCUUGCUAAAUCCUUUCUUAACUAUGUAAUUAUUAUAUUACUAUUUCAGAUUGUUUUAUUGGAGUUAAGGAUUACUCUAAAAGUUGUAUAUUCAUACACAAUGCCGGAUGUCAUUUUUUAAUUCUAAAAUAAAUGACAUACAUUUCA